AUGAAUAGCUCAUUAAUAUGGAAUAUAAGGUCUGUAACCACUCAACAGGCCUUUGAGAGGGUAGUACUAUUGCAUACACAGAAACAUUUUAAUUAUGUUGCCUUACUGGAACCUUUCCAGCAUGUUAGACAUAUUGACAUGUACAAAUUGUGGCUAAAUAUGGGGACAACAUGGCAUAAUGUGAAUGGGAAGAUUUGGAUUUUUGUGGAUGCAGAAAUUCAAGUAGAAAUAAUGAGAGAUACAGAAAAACUGUUAUCUUGUAGAUUCACUCAUUUGGGUGACGGGCAGGAGUUGGUGCUUACAGUUGUUUAUGCGAGUACGGAUAGAAGUGGGAGAAUAGCUCUAUGGGAGGAUCUAUAUGACAUGUCUUCACACAUCACCAUCCCAUGGCUUGUGGGUGGGGAUUUUAAUGUCAUUACUGAUGACAUUGAGAAAUUUGGGGGUCUUCCUAUACAGUUUGCAGAAACAGAGGAUAUUAGACAAUGUAUAGACAUUUUCCAACUGAUGGAUCUUGGUUUUACUAGAAAGCAUCUCAUUAAACAAGGCUCUGACCACUCUCCUUUGCUGGUAAAUAUGAGAGCAGACAGUAGACCAAUUAGGAAAUAUUUCAGGAAAGGAGUGGGCCAAGUCACCCCAUAUUUCAGGCCACAUUUAGAGAGGUUAUUAGGGAUUAAACUAUUUCUGGUAUUAAGGAGAAAACGACGUAACAUCAAGGGUUUUGGCAACAUUGACCGAGAGCAGGGAGAAGUAGAAUUUCCAAGUUUACAUCAUAUUCAGGUGCAUGAGCAGGAAUUUGAACAGAAUCCUACAGGGCUUAACAGGGAAAGGCUACAAAGGGUACAGAGAAGGAAGCUGCAGUUACAGAGAAUUCAAGAUCAUACAGGUACAUGGCUGGACACUGAAGAGGAGAUUGCGCAGGAAGCAAUCAGAUUUUUCUCAGACCAAUUCAAAGAGGAAAAUAUCCCUACAGAUUUCUCUAUGCUUGAUAAGAUUCCUAAAAUGGUUACAGAAGAACAAAAUCAACAGCUCUAUGAAAUGCCAGAUGAAGUAGAGGUGAAAAGAGCAGUUUUUGGUUUAAAUGGAGACAGUGCAGGGGGUCCUGAUGAUUUCACAGGAAGAUUUUUCCAAGCUUGUUAG